CAAUUGGGAGGGUGCGAGCCCCUCGAGGUGCCCGGGAUGGGGUGGCUGUGCUGGUGCCGUGUCCCCGUGGGGGGCUGGGGGCGAGGCCGGGGGGCUCCGGCUGCCCCCCUCCGUUGAGCAGGGCCGCGGUUUCCCCAUCGCCCCUCGCAGGGGCUGAGCCCGCCCGAGUGCCGACGCGGAGCGGCCGCGGCAGGACGGCGCCAUGAGGGAGAGCUUCGACGCCCUGCUCGCCCUGGGCGUCCCCAUCACCAAACCGGAGCCAGUGCCGCACACGGAGCAAGCGGAGGAGCCGCGCACCCAGGCACCGGCGGAGGAGACGGAGGCACCGGGCUGUGCCGGCUCAGCAAGGCUGCUGGUCCCCAAGGCGGAGGCGCUGCCUGAGGGCGAUGGCGAGGAGCAGCCGGGCGGCGGGGACGUGGGGGCCGUGCAGGGGCAUGGCGGCCUGGAGCUCGGCUGCUCAGAGGACUGGCUGGUGCGGAAGGUGAAGGUGGAGGACGAGGACGAGGAGUGGCCGGCCGGCCUCAGCGCCGAGGCCCUGCUGGCGGGGCAGCUCCCGGGCAGCGCCUCCCCGCCCGCCGCGGGCGCCUGCAAGCCGGAGCCGUCCAGCCCCGGGGAGCCGGCGGAGCUGGGCUACGGCGUGCUGCCCGCCUUCGCCUGGCCGCUGCUGGGCGAGGGCCUGGCCGGCCCCGGCGCCUGCCAGCACUGCUGCUGCGCGGCGCAGCCCCGGCCGUGCGGGCAGUGCGGCGCCCCGGCCCCCCCGCGCCCCUUCGCCUGCGCGCAGUGCGGGAAGGGCUUCGGCAAGAAGGCGCACCUGACCCGGCACCUGCGGGUGCACACGGGCGAGCGGCCGUACCCCUGCACCCAGUGCGGCCGGCGCUUCCGCCAGAAGAUCCACCUCCGCUCCCACCAGAAGACGCACACGGGCGAGCGGCCCUUCCCCUGCACCGAGUGCGGCCGCCGCUUCCGCAAGAAGACGCACCUGGUGCGGCACCAGCGCACCCACACCGGCGAGCGCCCCUACGCCUGCGCCUGCUGCGGCCGCAGCUUCGCCCACAAGCAGCACCUGCUGCGGCACCAGCAGCUGCACGCCGAGCCGGCCGACGAGGCCGCGCUGCCGCCUGCCGAGCAGAAGCCCUUCCCCUGCCCCGAGUGCGGGAAGAGCUUCAGCUGGAAGAAGAACCUGACGUCCCACCGCCGGCUGCACCUGGAGGGGCGGCCCUUCGCCUGCGCCGAGUGCGGCCGCGGCUUCAGCGACAAGCGGCACCUGACGGCCCACCUGCGCGGGCACAUGGGGCUGAAGCCCUACGCCUGCCCCCACUGCGAGAAGACCUUCAGCCACAAGCCCAACCUGACCACCCACCAGCGCACGCACACGGGCGAGCGCCCCUUCGCCUGCCCCGACUGCGGCCGCGGCUUCGCCCACAACCAGCACCUGCUGCGGCACCUGCGGGUGCACACGGGCGAGCGCCCCUUCGCCUGCCCCCAGUGCGGGCGCUGCUUCAGCUCCCGGCCCAACCUCAUCGCGCACACCAAGGCGCACGCCGGCGCGCGCCCCUUCACCUGCGAGCAGUGCGGCCGCGGCUUCAGCCGAAAGUCCCACCUGGCGCGGCACCAGGCGGUGCACACCGGCACCCGGCCCCACGGCUGCGCGCAGUGCGGCAAGCGCUUCAGCUCCAAGACCAACCUGGCGCGGCACCAGGCCGUGCACACCGGCCACCGGCCCUACAUCUGCACCCAGUGCGGGAAGAGCUUCAGCCGGAAGACCCACCUUCUGCGCCACGAGCGCACCCAUCUCGGCAGCGGCCCCUUCCGCUGCGCCCAGUGCGGGAAGGGCUUCCGCCAGAAGCAGAGCCUCAUCACGCACGAGAGGAUCCACACCGGGGAGAAGCCCUACAGGUGCGGGGACUGCGGCAAGAGCUUCAGCCAGCGGCCCAACCUGCUGACCCACCGCCGCGUGCACACGGGGGAGCGCCCCUUCCCCUGCACGCAGUGCGGCAAGAGCUUCAGCCAGAAGGCCAACCUCCUGGCCCACCAGCGCAUCCACGCCGACGACACCCCCUUCGUCUGCCCCGAGUGCGGGAAGAGCUUCCGCCAGAAGCCCAACCUCAUCACCCACCGGCGCAUCCACACCGGCGAGCGCCCCUUCACCUGCUUCCUCUGCGGCCGGAGCUUCAACCAGAAGACCAACCUGGUGACGCACUACCGCGUGCACACCGGGGAGCGCCCCUUCGCCUGCACCCAGUGCGGCAAGCGCUUCACCCAGAAAACCAACCUGGUGACGCACCAGAGCACCCACACCGACGUCCGCCCCUACCCCUGCGGGCAGUGCCAGAAGUGCUUCAAGGACAAGGUGUCCCUCAAAGCCCACCAGAAGACGCACGCCCCGCGCCAGCGGAGGUGCCCGGGCCGGGGUCCGGCUCCCGCCCUGCCCUUCGGGGCCGCCCCCACGCUGCUGCAGCCCGGGGGCCCUGAGCAGGAGGCCGCCUUCAGCCCGAUGCCGCCGCUGCCCGUUCAGAAGAUCCCCGAGAACCAAGAGCUGUACUCGUGCACGGAGAAGGGCUUCCCCCCGAAGGAGCAGCUCCUGCCCCACCAGCAGGCCCCGCUGGGGGAGCAGGCCUUCCCCUGCGUGCAGUGCGGGGAGGGGUUUUGCCCGAAGGUGGCCCUGCUCCGGCCGCAGCACGGCCCUGGGGCGGAGGCUCCGGCCGGCUGCGCCGCGGGCUUCAGCCCCGGCCCGCACCUCCUGGGGCACCUGGGGGUGCAGCCCGUCCUCGGGGAGGGCGCAGCCCCCGCGCCGCCCACCCCCGGGGCCGAGAAGCCCUUCAUCUGCAACCAGUGCGGCAACAGCUUCGGCCUGUGGCUCUCCCUGGUGGCCCACCAGAAGACUCACGUCGGGCAGAAGGCCUUCCAGUGCCCCGAGCACGAUAAGAGCUCCGGAGACGAGCUGUCCGCCAAGUCUCCCCAGGAGAAGGAUUUGGAUGGGAGAGCCUGGCUGUGCCCCGAGUGCGGGAGGAGCUUUGUCCAGUACGAGCGGCUGGUGAAGCACCGCCAGAACCACAGGGGCCGCGGGCCCUACCGCUGCGACGUCUGCGGGAAGCGCUUCAGCCUGAAGACCAACCUGGUGACGCACCAGCGCAUCCACACCGGCGAGCGCCCCUUCACCUGCGGCGUCUGCGGCCGCCGCUUCAACCAGAAGGGAAACCUGGUGACGCACUACCGCACGCACACCGGCGAGCGCCCCUUCGCCUGCACCCAGUGCGGCAAGCGCUUCGCCCAGAAGCCCAACCUCAUCGCCCACCAGAAGACCCACUCCGGCAGGCAGCCCUUCACCUGCCUCGAGUGCCCCAAGCGCUUCAAGAGCAAGCUCUCCCUCAGGGUCCACCAGCGCGUGCACGUCGUGGAGCAGCCCCAGAGCGAGCCGGGCCCGGGCCAGACGCCGCCCAGCCUGCAGGCGCACCCCGGCAGCCCCUACCCCUGCUCGCUCUGCGGGGAGUCCUUCGAGGAGCACGGCGAGCUGCAGCUGCACCGGCAGGGCCACGCCGGCGAGCGGCCGCACGCCUGCGCCGAGUGCGGGAAGCGCUUCCGUCAGAAGGUGAACCUGGCCGUUCACCAGCGGACCCACACCGGGGAGCGCCCCUUCCACUGCGCCGAGUGCGGCAAGGGCUUCAGCCAGAAGGCGCACCUCCUGCGGCACCGCAGGACGCACACCGGCGGCGUGCCGCCCUCCUGCUGCGAGGGCGCCUGCCCCGCGCACCGGGACGAGCCCGACGCCGGCGCUCCCCUGGGGAAGGGCUCCGCGCCGCCCGGCGUGCUGCUGCCGCCCUGCUCCCGGGGGGCCGCGCAGGGAUCGCUGCCUCGGGAAGAGCUUCGGCCGGGAGCGCAGCCCCCGAACAGAGCGGAGAGUCCGUCCGGGGCGGCAGACAUCCUUCUGCAGCUGAUGCAGGAAGACCAGCACCUGGUGUCCGGCUCGCACCACCCGCAGGAAGCGCCCGCGGGGCAGUGUCCCUGUAAGUGCGCCGAGGGCGGGGAAGGCCUGGCCGGGAAGCCGACUCUGCAGCCCCAGUGCUGCUGCGCCGACUGCGUGAGCCAGAGGCAGCUGCUGCUGAAGCCCCAGCACGACUGCCGCGCCGAGAUCUGGUGCAAGUACGGCGGCUGCGGCAGAAGCUUCGAGGACAAGAGAGUGCUGAGAGUGCCUGAGAGAGCGCACGGCGAAGAGAAAACCUCGCCGUGCCCGAGCUGCUUGUAACGCACCCGCGCGGGCUGCCAUGAACCCGUCCGAGCGAGGGACUGGGCCUCAUUGCUCUUGCACUACGGACACCAAACCUGGACAGGGGGUAGCUCACGCCGGGAGCCGACUGCUGACCAAACGGGGACGGUGCGGAGGCUCUAAGGGCCUGACGCAGGGGAAGCUGCGAGUCAGAACCGGGGGGGGGCUCCCGGGACGUGGUGGGGGCUCGGGAGGAUUGUGGUGGCUCACGGGAACAGGACGCUCUUGCGAGCGGAGCACCCCGGAGGUGGUGUUGGAUGCACCGAACUGGUCACGAAGCAGUACUGGACUCGGACGCUGCGUGUGCGUUUUCUGUCUUGUGAACAUACCAAAUUUGUAAAGCGGGUGGAGCUGAGGAGCAGGAGGCGCUACCGGGACUGCGGGUCUGCGGCGCUGGCUUCUGCUGGCGGCUGCCUGCGAAGAGUUGGACGGCGAGGAGCGGGGAGGAGCUGAGGAUCCUGCGCGUCGGCUCAAAAGUCGCCUCCGCCGAGCAGGAGGCCAGGCAGAGGCGCAUCUGCUGGGCCCUGGCUCCAGGCUCCCCUGGGGGCUGCAGGCCUGCGAUGCGCAGACCCCGGCGUGGGGCAGAGAGAGGCCUCGGUGGGUGAGCUUCUGCCAGAGCCCUCCGUCCGUCUCUUCGGACUGGGUGUCCUUCUGCAGGUUGUUUUUGGGACGGGGAGCCGAGACCCGCUGUCGGCUGUCCGCCGGUGUGGGCAGAGGAGGAGCAGCUUCGCGGGGAGGCGAGCAAGCUGCCGAAAUGCGGUACCGGGUCUCUUCCUGCCUCGCGGGGACCCCGCGCUGAGGUCCCUGGGCGGCGGGGCUCGGUCCGGAGCCUGCGGCUUCGCGGCUGGAGCGGAGGAGGUGGCGGUGGGGAAAGCGUCAGCGCAGCCAGGCGCUGGUGGCCACCGCGGGCCGUGCCUCACCGCCGCAUCCGCAACGGACCGCAGAUAAAGAUAAGCAUCUCCUCUGAGCCUGGAGGGGUGUUACAGGGUGAAUAUGGGGGGGUGGGUCGGGGAAUGUAGCUUCUGCUUCUGUACUUGCUCUGUGGAUAACCUUUCUGACUAGCACCUCUUUCUGGUACUCACCUAAUUCUGCAUAGAUAACCCGGGAGCGCCGGGGAGUGGUGGCUGCAGCCUGCCCGGCGCUGCCCCGCGGCUGCGCUCGCGCUCCCGGCCUGGAAGCGGGGGAGCUGCUUGGCCGGGCAGGGCCGCGGGGGCAGAGCUUUAGGGAUGGGAACCGCUGGCCUGAAAGCUGCUCCCGCUUGGAAGCGCGCUUCGCAUGAAAGGGGAAACGAAUCGCGCCUGCUGCGCCCGAGGGAAGCCGCCUGUCCGCUGCUCCCCCUCGCGCCACGAGCCGCGUAGUCCUCAGCCCCAGCUAUGGCAGUAGAACCCUAUCUUGCUUUGCUCGGCUGCAGAGCCUCCUUGCUACAAUGGUUUGGCAAAGACCUUCACUGAAAACAUCGGAUGCUGUUACCAGUGCCUGGCGCGGCGCCGCGCUCUCCUGGGGCGCUCCUCCCCUGCCUUUUGGGGGGUGCAUCCCGGGCCUGCAGCGUCAGGAAACACCUCUCGCCACGCAGUGCCCGAGCGCUGGCACAGCCGGCGCAGGGCGGCGGUGGGGUCUCCAUCCCCAGAGGUGUUCAAACCGCCUGGACGCGGCCCCGGGCAGCCCCCCUGGAGCAGGCGGUGCCUGAUCCGCGUGGCCCUCGGCCUCUCUGCCCCGUAGGGUUUGGGCAGAUCCUGCCCCACGGAGCCGGGCCAGCCGGGGCUGUGCCAGCUCGCCAUCACGCCGAGGGGACACCGGUACGGUCCCUGCCGGAGCUGCAGCCUCGUUAAGGCGCUCGUAGCUAACAACGCAUCCGGGCGGUGGUGGCGGGGCCAUGCGAGGGGUGGCAGCUGCUGGGCACGGGGUCCCUGGCACCCGAGCUGUCCCCGGGCAGGGGGCGGGCGUCCAGCCCGCAGUGCUCGGCUCUGCUCUCUCCAUUCCGGCAGACACGCCGCCCUCUCCCUUCCGCCUAGCAUCACGCUCCAGCAACAUUUCAGGUCCUUGCAAUUCUAUUUUUUUGAGGUUAUUUAAAAUAAAAGCUUUCUCACGGCA